ACGUCUUGCAGCUUCACGAUAUUUUUUUGUGAAACUCACAGCCAUUAUUGGAAGACGAGUUCAACUAGUGCUAAUUUUUUAGGAAAGUCAACACGCUCUGAAGUUUAUCGAUGAAAUCUUGAUAAAUGUUUUUGUGAAAGAAUGUCCUUUGUUCUGUAAUGAUAUUGGGCAUGGGAAUUGCUGCAUGACAAUGCAGUCAAUUUUCAUGAUGAAAUGUUUGAUGUAAAGGUGUGAGGAUGAGCAAGUUAUGGGUAAAUAGUUUGUAACAAAAACAAAUGAUGGAAUUCGUGAGUGACACUGGAGAUACACUUGAUCCGCGCAUACAAUUUUUUCAUUGAUUUGCAGCUCGAGUUGGAGAAUUUAAAUAAUGCCACCGAGGAUAUAAACAAACUCGAGAGUGAGUUGGAUGAAGCUCGCGCAGUCUUCAAACAAUUACUUUCCGAUUACGGACAGUUAAAAGAAAUGGCCAGCAAAAUAGGAUUCGGUUUCAUUGAUAAAGCACGAUGUUAUUACGAAGCCUUGGAAGAAGCGCGACGAGCCCAGGUCCAGUGCCAAUACCAAGUGCAGUUAUUUCAAAGAGCUAGUGAAUUUCAUGCAGCAGCGAAAAAAAAUGCAGCGUCUGCGGAAAUCAGAUGCAUGUCGAGUAAACAGGACGUGAAUUUUGAUCAAACAUGGCAAGAUAUGUUGAACCAUGCUACGACUAAGGUGAUGAACGCAGCCAAUAAAAAAGCAGAGUGUGAGAAGGAACACUUGGAAAAAGCUUUAAUCUUCGUUAAUGCUGAAAGAAAAGCCCAGGAGUACGAGAAAAAAUACCAUCGAGCGAUAAUUAAAACUCGGCCGUACUUCGAGGCGCGAACGAUGUGUGAAGAAAAACUCGAAAUGCAAAAGCAACAAGUCGAGUGCCUACAGAAAGCUGUGAGGGAUGCUAAACGAAAUUAUGCCAAGAGCUUCAGGGCUUUAGAAGAAAUUAGUAAUCAAAUUCAUGAGCAUCGAAGAGCCUACGUGAAUGGACCACGAGAACCUGGUGUGGGUGCAGAAUUGAUGAGUUCAGAGACGAGUUUGAACUAUGAAAAUGAUUUGAACAGGGGAAUAUUAGGCCCAGAACAUCGAACAGAGAAUAUUAAUAAUCGCCAGGUGGAUGGCAGCGAAACACCUCAAACCCAAUGGGAAAUUGAAUUCCAAACGAAGAUGAAAAAACUACAAAAACUACCUUCAGAGGAAUUCGGUAGUGAAACAAGCAUCGAAAAUUCAAAUUCUGGUUCAUCAAAUGCUCAUCAAUGUGACAAGAGCUCUCUAAAUCCGAUGGGUCAUUCAUGUCAAGACUUACAAAUAACGUGUCAAAAUCAAGAGUUCACAAAUAGUCCAAUGCAUCCAGUUCUGGAAAAUUACAAUCUAGUGAAUAAUUCGGGGACUUCAAAAUCUCUGGGUGAUAUUCCAGCGAGUUUCAGUGCAGACUUUGAAGCUAUGAUGAAAACUCAGAUAAAAAGUUCUCCAUGGACAUCGAAAGACUAUUAAAUAUUCGAUCUGAUGAAUUGACACUCUCUCAGAAUUAGCAUUGAGGGUUUUCCCUUCCUUCAGUAUUUAAUUAAUUAAAUUCGUUGAAAUUUUCUAUUCAUCUAAAAUGAGUGAAUUAUGAAGAGUGAAACAACUCUUGUUAUUUAUGCUCAGAGUUGGCUAACGAUGAAUUGAUUCUCUCAAGACUGAGAGCAAGACAUAAGUAGAAAAGCAAGUGAUAUUAAUAAAUAGGGUAAUACUAAGUGGAUUGAUGGUUUAAUCGUUCUAUCACUUCCAUAGUUGCAUGGUGGAACAUAAGGUUUCAUCGACAUUAACGCUUGAACCAUUGCUGAUAAAUUGAAUGGAAUUAUUCAAUUUUUAGUUCAGUAAAUAGUAAACAGUUACGAAAUUGUCAACACAUGUAAUUCUUUAUCAAGCAUAGGAUUCUCCCCAUUAACGAAAUUUCGGCUUUAAUGGAAUACAGAACCGAAUUGAGUAAUACUCUACAAUCGAAAUGCUCAACUGAGAACGUGUGUUCUUGUUUUUCCGUCAAUUGGUCGAUACUAAGAUGAAUGCGUCAUUUUCAAUGUAUUUGUAAAACUAUUUGAUACCUGGUCCUUGUUAAUGUCCAUUGGACUGACAGAAAACAUUGAUUUGUAUGUAUAUAUAAUUAAUAAAAGUUUAAUAUUUCUCAUGUCUUUUGUGAGAGAUUUCUCGAAUUUUUAAUUUCA